AACACACACUUCCUCGCUCUGUAAGCUGCUCACGCCACAAUGAAUACCGAAACCAGGUCUCCAAGACCAGCCAGUAAAGCCAUCAAGAAAUUCAGGUGCGUUUCCCUGGUGAACAGUUUGGCCAAAAACUGGCAGAAAUGGGCAAAUGAGCAUUCGCUCAGACAGAAAUCAGAGCCUCAAGGCUGGCUCCCUGAAGGUUUUAAAGAUGACGACCCUGUCAAGGAAAACAGAAGCUGGAUCACCAAGCAGGAAAGGCUAGCAAAGGUUCUCCAAAUUAAACCCGAAAGCACCCGGCCAGGCAGAAAUGUGAACUCUAGCAAGGAGCUGAGUGGAUCUCAAGGAACGGAACUGAGCAUCAGAACUAUUCCAGUCACUAAAACAGUUAAUAACAGAUCCAAGUCAGGGAGUAACGAGCUGGUGAGUUUCAUGACUGACCGUUUCAAUCAGCCGGAACCAGAUGUGGCACCAAAACCAUUUUUGGCCAACAGGUCACCCACGAGGAGGCGUUUGUGUCACAAGAAGGCAUCGGAGAUCUCACAAACUUGGGAGAAGUGGGAGAAGGAAGAGAAAGGCAGUGUGACUGGCGAAGACAGGAUCAGUGGAGGAGAGAAAAGGAAGGAGAAAGAACCUAAAAAGAAGGAUGAUGCAGCUGACAGAGGGAAAAGGAAGAGAUCAGUCCCAAAUGCCCAAGUGCGCACGAUGGAAGACCUGAAGAAGGCCUGGCUGAGAUGGGCCGAGGAUCACAUUGAGAGGCAAAAGACAAACCCUUUCAGUGAUGAGUUUGACUACGAUUAUGCCAAAAGCCUCCGAUUGAAGAAAGGAGAUCAGGGCUAUGGACAGCCAAAGGAGGGAAGCAAGACGGCAGAGAGAGGCCAGCGAGCUCAGGAACACGUGUACAAGGAAAUGCAGGAGAUGUGCUUCAUUAUCAGGACCAUGGGGAUACUGGGAGUGGAUGGGAAAACCAGGGUUACCUUUGCCAAUCUGUUUGACAGAUAUGUUACUGUCUCAGAUAAAGUCGUUGGGAUUUUGAUGAGGGCCAGGAAGCAUGGACUGCUAGACUUUCAGGGCGAAAUGUUAUGGAAGGGAGAGCACGAUGAUGUCGUUAUUACACUUAAUGAAUGAUUUUUCGAGCUUUAGAAUCAAAUACAUUGCAUCUGUCACAAAAUGAAGCACAAGGUUUGGUUCUUAAAAAAAUUCUUUCAAAAUGAAAGCACAUUAUAUCUCCUUGGAGUAGGUGGAUUGGAUUUGAGGAUCCAAAUGAGGGGACUGUUUUAUAUUUCCUUUCAGUAAUCUUAAUUUUUGAUUUCU